AUGCCCUCUCAGCCCCCCGAUACCCCUCACGGGAGCUCCUUAGCAUCAUCUCAAGACCCCGAACUGUCCACCCGCAGGGUCAAUCGUUCUUGUUUGGAAUGCACUAGACGCAAGGUCAAGUGUGAUGGCCGCCUUCCCUGUGCCAGCUGUGUCUACUACAGGUCACCAGAUGCUUGCGCCUACCGUCAACGCUUGAAGAGGAAUGCUGUAAGCAGGAGCACUUUCGACAAAGCCUCGGAACAGAUACGGACUCAAUCAGAAAUCCUCGAUACCCUGUUCCCCGGCAUUCCCUUGUCAGAUCUCAAAGGCAAGGGGGCUCUUGAACUUCUGAAUCUCCUUCCCAGUACUACUAAUCCGAAUGCUCUUGCAUUUAUUCAUUCAUCUCGCAGAGAUACUCUGCGAUUAUCAUUGAAUCAAGGAGGAGCAGGGCCAGAAGAUACAGCGCCGCAUCAAACAGAUGCGGAUGACUCUGCCGCCGUGUCUGAAAAUGGCGAGCCACCUGUGGUAAGACGAUGGGACGAGACGCACCAGGAGCCGUGCAGCGUGGCCAGCGACGAUGUCAACGCCUUUGGUCUUACAACGGAUAGCCAAAUUCGUUCCUAUCUGGGAAUGACUUCGAUGAGCGCCAUCAUCAGGGGCAUCUUUCGUCUAUGCCCCGCUGCCAAGGAACAUACAGUGAGAUGUUCCAAGGCUUGGGCGGCAAUCCCGUCACAACCCCUGCCACCAGUUUCCUAUCUGGAGAGGGACAGGCUUAAGGAGCAACGCUGUAUUGACUUCUACUUCGAUAGUGUCCAUUCCAUUACCCCUCUCCUUGAUGAAGAAGAUUUUCGCCGAGAUUAUCUUUCUGGGGCUCGACAGGAUGCAUCAUGGAAAGGCCUCCUCAACAUGGUCUUUGUCAUGGGCUCCAUCUCAUCGGGAAGUGAUAGUCUUCACGAAUACUAUUACCACCAAGCUCGGUCUUUCGUCAAUCUCGACAGCUUAGGGGCAGGUAACCUUGACAGUCUGCAUGCUCUAUGCCUCCUUGGUGGCUACUACCUACACUAUCGCAACUCGCCCAACAUGGCUUACAGUGUCCUGGGGGCUGCUCACCGCAUAGCCAUAGCCCUUGGUUUGCAUCGUGAGCCUCGUCAGAAGGCGAUGGGCGACGAUCCAGAAACAGAAGCCAUCCACCAAAAACAUAUUCAGACUCGGAGAAGAACUUGGUGGAGCCUCUUCUGCCUGGACACUUGGGGAGCUAUGACUCACGGCAGACCAACCUGCGGACGCUGGGACAAUACCACAAUGGACACUCAGUUUCCCACAGCCUCAUCCCCACAAGACCACGCCAUUAUUUCACUCCAGGCCAGUUCCAGCUUCUGUCUUAUCUGCGACAGGAUGCAGCAAAGAUUCGCCCGAUCCGGCAGACUCUCACUGGAAGAGGUCAUCUCCUUCGAUCAGGAACUCGUGCAGUGGUAUGAGAGCUUGCCGCCCUGCAUCACUGAGCCGUCUUCAGCACGUCAAGGCUUUCAAAUUGCUCGAGAGUUCAUGCGAACGAGAUACCUCAACGCCCGAAUGCUACUUACACGAUCGUCCUUCCUCUAUGUGGCCCACGGCCAUCGAAAGAAUAUCACAGAACUACCCCCGGAACCACAGAGGCUAUUGGACUCAUGUUGCUCGGUGGCAAGCGAGACCAUUGAUGCAAUCGCGCUCUACUGGACCCCAAACAGAGUUCAUGUCUGGAACGCUGCGUGGUAUCUUUUCCAAGCCUGCAUGACUCCCCUAUUGGCGAUCGCCGUGGAUAAGAACAUGGAAACCUCCGCCGUCGAUCGGGUUGCCAUGUGCAGGGCGAGUUUGGCCAAAGCCCUUGAGAGUUUCGCUGAGAUGAGGCCUUGGAUGAGGGCGUCUGACCGUUCCCCAGAUAUUGUGUCCGCCCUUUACGAUGCCUUGACUGCCGAGUAUGACCAAGCACUUUCCACGCCAUCCGUCACGUCCCGAAGCUUGGACAUGUUCGGGUGGUACGAUGAUCCAUUCAAUGAAUUGGAUUGGGGCACUUUUCUUGGGGGCGAGAACAUUUCCUUCCAAACCGUAUUUCCAACCCCAUAA